CCCACCCCUCGCCUUUCCUCUCUUUGCCUGCUACUGCUCGUAGAUCUUUGAUUCUCCAUCUUCUUCUUCUUUAAGAAAGAUGUAUUAGAAAGAAGAAGAAGAAGAAGAAGAAGAAGAAGAAAUAAAGAUGGUGUUCCCUUCUGUUCCAGUCUAUCUGGAUCCACCCAACUGGAACCAGCAACAGCAGCUUCAGCUUCCGGAUGCUGCAGGUGGAGGUGGUGAGAUCCCUCAGCUCCUUCCGGGGUUGGCUGCACAGCGACCGGAAGCUGGCAUGGCAGCUGCAGGCUCGCCCAGGCCUAUGUCUAUGACCGAACGAGCCCGCCUCGCCAAGAUCCCGCAGCCGGAUCAACCUCUCAAGUGCCCGCGGUGCGACUCCACCAACACCAAGUUUUGCUACUUCAACAACUACUCCCUGUCGCAGCCUCGCCACUUCUGCAAGACCUGCCGCCGCUACUGGACCCGAGGCGGCGCACUUCGAAAUGUUCCCGUGGGCGGGGGCUGCCGUCGCAACAAGCGGAAUAAGCCUUCGGGGAGCUCGUCAAAGUCGACGGCCGCCGACCGCCAGGCUGGCGCAUCAUCCUCGUCUUCGACCGCCGCGGGUGGCGGCGGUCCAAUUCCACCUAGCAUACCCCAGCCAGGCCAUUUUCCCUUCCUGGCCUCCACCAUGCACGCUUUGGCCGACUAUGGUGCCUCGAAUCUCGGCCUGAACUUUACCGGAAUUCCAACCAUCGAUGCGGUGGACUAUCAGGCGGGAAGCAGCUCGAGUCUGGGGCUCCAGCAGUGGAGGUUGCCGCACAUCCAGCAAUUCCCUUUCUUGGGAGGACUGGAGUCAGCACAGGCGCCUUCGGUGCAACCGUUGUCCGGGUUGCACCAUUUCAACGGUGACAGCGGGAACAACCGCAUCACGAGUCGAGUACUUCCCACGGUUUCUGGAUCUUCGCUGAUCUCGCAGUUGGCUUCGGUGAAGAUGGAAGACAACUCACAGGGACUCAAUUUGGCGAGGCAGUACCCGGGUCUUCCCGGGAACGAGCACUACUGGAUCAGUGGUGAAGGUGGCAGCACCGGCAGCGGGGGUUGGGCCACAGAUCUCUCGGGCUUCAACUCUUCCUCAUCUGGCAACAUCUUAUAAUUUUCUGUUCAUGGCCUCGCCACAAGCCAUGGAAGCUCAAAUUUAGCCACGGCUCAGAGAACCAGCAACUAGCUCGAGUCUGCUCAAGCAGAAGAAGAAAGUAUUCCAUCUUCGUUGAGGAACAAGAAGAGAACCAUGGCUGCCGAAGAACUUAGUGAUGGUAGGUCAGUGUCUCAUUUUGAAUCUACCUUGUGGUGGUCGUUUGCUAUCAUAUAUUUAGUGGUUUUUAAGGUAUGCUUAAAGGAAUCGGGUGCAUGGACUCUUGGAGGAUCGUAAUCUCUGAAACGAGGUUGGUUGUGGUCAAUGAAUCACAGUAAUUUCAUUCA